GCUGAUCAACGUCCAAGUUAAAGGAAGAGAUGGAUGGAUUUGAGAUACGCAUGAAUUUAGUGGGGCAUCUACGAAAGCUGAACGCUUCAUUAUCCUCAGUAAAGAGAGUCGUUGGUUGUUUAAACAUCCACGCACAAACUUCUGCUGGUGAUCUCUGGAAAUGCUUAAUGGGAGAGUUUAGAAAGGGUAGCUUAAAUCAUAGAUUAAAUAUAUUAUACAUGCUCGACGAUCUAUUGAACACUGGAAGUUCGGAGAAGUCAGUCUAUCAAUCCUACGCCAGUGACAGUUUAAUAGAUAUUAUAAAUAUGGUAGUACCAGAGGAGAGAAACGGGAUUAUAAACUUGUUAUCAACUUUACAAAUACUAGAGAGUUGGAAAAUAAAAAGGAUAUUCGAUAUUGACUUAUUAAAUAACUUACAAGCAGAUCUGGAAUCUAAACGCGAGUUACUAUCACACAAAACACAAGACACUGACAAAUUAGAGAGGCUAUCAACAAAGGAUAUUCUGCGACGAUUUGAAGAGGAUAGGGAGAGGCAUAAAAGACUUCGAGAAGAUAUCUGGGUGCUGCCCAUUUCAAACUUCACGAAAGAAGACGCAAUGAACUAUCAAACACCAUCACCAGAGGUCAAGCAGCAAUUUGCUAGCAAUCUAUUGACCUUUAACGAUAAUAAUAAGAGUCUAGAUAUUGAAUUUGACAAUCGUUGGGAUGAAAUUUCUGAUUAUAAUGAGGAUGACGUUGAAGAGAUGCUUGAUGAUUUGAAUAGUCUACAUAGAGCUCAAUUUGUAAACUAAUUUAUUUUAAUGUUGCUAUAAAUGUUUUUUCAGCAUCUGCUACAGCUUGCUUAAAACCAUCCAUUUGAACGUGACAAUCGAGAGGUCUGUCUUUGUUAGUUGUUAAGCAACUGACCAACUCAGAUUGAGAUGAUUUAAUUGCAGGGAAGUUAUUUAAGUCUCUCUUGCUAUUGUGCCUGUCUACUUUUUGCUUGAUAUCUUUUAUGGUGUUUGCAACAUUAUCUGAGCUAAUUAAGGAAUUAUCCUUGUCUGUGUUCUCCUUGGCCAAUUCUUGCUCGAUCUGCUGCCUAACCGCGUACUCGUCGUUUCUUAAUCUUUUCAACUCUGAGUUUAUUCUAUUCCUUAUUUGUUCAUCCAAGGUGACCUGGUCCGUAGGGCUAUUUGCACCUUCUUUAUUGAGUAGAUCAUCAGAAAGGUCUGAAAUUAAACUAUUUGAUAGUUUUAUAUCUAAAUUAUUAUUAUCACUGUUAAAUACCCUAGAUUGUGAUUGUUGUUGUCCCAUUUUUAGUUUUUAGUAGAAGUCCCGGUUUUGACAGUCUGAUGUGAUGGCAGUCU